AUGGGACGUCUAAGCAGCGGCUACUGGGCACUAUUGCUCGGAGCCACCUCCGCCGUGAGGUUCGACAUCGUACCCGAUACCACAGGUAUAGACAGUCUCGGGUCGAACUUGCCAACUCUCUACUCUUUCCAGGAGUCUCAAUUGGCCUCUGAACAAACAAACUCCUACUGGGCAGCAUCUUUCGUCACAGCUUCCAAUGACCACCAAUAUGUAAUUAUGUCACAGCAAGUGCCAACCGGUAACGGUCAGAGUGUCUUCCAGUCUUCAAUCCUGGAUCUCGAAUACACCAGCAACUACUGGCUCACGGGUGGCCUCGCGCCGCUGCAGAGAAACCUGACGAUCAAGAACGGCCUGCUCGACAUUGAAGUCGACGGUUCUGCCUUCAAGAGCACUUCUAAUGACAGCUUCUCGUCAUUGAACACGUGGGGUAAGUACGACACGUACGCAUUCAACCUCACUUUUGACGCCUCCUCGCCCGUCAUACUCAACGGCGGCGUCGGUCGCUACCGUUGGGGAACCGGGACCACCACGCAAUGGUCGCUGCCGAGCUGCAGGACCCAGGGCUCCUUCACCAUCAACGGAACCACGCUCGAGGUCGACCCCACACAGUCCUUGACCUGGUAUGACCGCCAGCACGGCGUCGGCGGCCCCAACAACUUCACCUGGUUCGGGCUCAACUUUUCAGGUGGCAUCCGAGCCAGUAUAUGGUACUCGGAUACUGCAGAGCCGAGUCAGCAGCUGCGCUUCGCCACCAUCCGGGCAGGUGACGGGCUUCACCUUGUUCGGUUUCAGAUGACUCCCGGAAACGCAACUACAUGGACGUCCCCAGUCACAAACACGACGUACGCCCAGGACUGGAAGUUGUACUUCGAUAACGGGGACUUCCUUGCCAUCAAGAGCAUUCGUCAGGAUCAGGAGAAGGGCUCAGGCGCGGCUAGAUUCUACAGCGGAAUCGUGGAGGCGGAGGGAAGUCUUUUCGGCCAGGAGAAGGGCUUCGGCUUUGUGGACAUCGCUCCGAAGUUUACUUAG